AACGCACGGCGGGCGGGCGCCGCGGAAGCUUGAGCGCCGGCGCGGGCUGGUGGCCCGGCACCCUUCGGCGUCCUCGGCCAUGGUGGCCCCCGGCUCCGUGACCAGCCGGCUGGGCUCGGUGUUCCCCUUCCUGCUGGUCCUGGUGGACCUGCAGUACGAAGGUGCUGAAUGUGGAGUAAAUGCAGAUGUUGAGAAGCAUCUUGAAUUGGGCAAGAAGUUACUUGCAGCUGGUCAGCUGGCUGAUGCCCUAUCUCAGUUUCAUGCUGCAGUAGAUGGUGAUCCUGAUAACUAUAUUGCUUACUAUCGGAGAGCUACUGUCUUUCUAGCUAUGGGCAAAUCAAAAGCUGCACUUCCUGAUUUAACUAAAGUGAUUGAAUUGAAGAUGGAUUUCACUGCAGCAAGAUUACAGAGAGGUCAUUUAUUACUCAAACAAGGAAAACUUGAUGAAGCAGAAGAUGAUUUUAAAAAAGUGCUCAAAUCUAAUCCAAGUGAAAAUGAAGAAAAGGAAGCCCGGUCUCAGCUUACGAAGUCGGAUGAAAUGCAGCUUUUGCGCUCACAAGCACUUGAUGCUUUUGCAAGUGCAGACUACACGGCUGCUAUAACCUUCCUUGAUAAGAUGUUGGAGGUUUGUGUUUGGGAUGCUGAACUACGGGAACUCCGAGCUGAAUGUUUUAUAAAAGAAGGGGAGCCUAGAAAAGCUAUAAGUGACUUAAAAGCUGCAUCAAAAUUGAAGAAUGAUAAUACUGAGGCAUUUUAUAAAAUCAGCACACUGUACUACCAACUAGGGGACCAUGAACUGUCCCUCAGUGAAGUUCGUGAAUGCCUUAAACUUGAUCAGGAUCAUAAAAGGUGCUUUGCACACUAUAAACAAGUCAAGAAACUUAACAAGCUGAUUGAGUCAGCUGAAGAGCUUAUCAGAGAUGGCAGAUACACAGAUGCGACCAGCAAAUAUGAAUCAGUCAUAAAAACAGAGCCAAAUGUUGCUGAAUAUACAAUUCGUUCAAAAGAAAGGAUUUGCCACUGUUUUUCUAAGGAUGAGAAGCCUGUUGAGGCAAUUAGAGUGUGUUCUGAAGUUUUACAGGUGGAACCCGACAACGUGAAUGCUCUGAAAGAUCGAGCAGAAGCCUAUUUAAUAGAAGAAAUGUAUGAUGAAGCUAUUCAGGAUUAUGAAACAGCUCAGGAACACAAUGAAAAUGAUCAACAGAUUCGGGAAGGUUUAGAGAAAGCACAAAGACUAUUGAAACAGUCGCAGAAACGAGAUUAUUAUAAAAUCUUGGGAGUAAAAAGAAAUGCCAAAAAACAAGAAAUCAUUAAAGCAUACAGAAAAUUAGCCCUACAGUGGCACCCAGAUAACUUCCAGAAUGAAGAAGAAAAGAAAAAAGCAGAGAAAAAGUUCAUUGAUAUAGCAGCUGCUAAAGAAGUCCUCUCAGAUCCAGAAAUGCGGAAGAAAUUCGAUGAUGGAGAAGACCCCCUGGAUGCAGAGAGCCAGCAAGGAGGCGGCGGCAACCCUUUCCACAGGAGCUGGAACUCAUGGCAAGGGUUCAAUCCCUUCAGCUCAGGCGGACCGUUUAGAUUCAAAUUCCACUUCAAUUAAACCAUUUUUCUGCUCUUCUUCCUUAAUAUUUUUAAAGAUUAAAAACAAAGAAACCUUGUUCUGGGAUCCUAAUGAAAAAAAUUUCACGUAUUUCAGUUUGUCCAUGACCAAAGAGUUAUUUUAAUAAGAAAAGUCUGUUCUUACUCAUUCAGACAGAAGGUCUGGGAUUGCGAGGGCAGAGAGACGAGGGGCGGUUGUGUUUGAGUGCGCGCAGCCUGUGCGUGUGGGGGAGGGUCUGGAGGCAGCUCACCUGUGCAUGUGCUCACGCAGCUGGUGUUUUCCUCCCCUGGAGCAGGCAGAUUCUUCUUUUCACGGCCUUGCACACUAGGUCGGUGCCUUCACAUGUGAGCCUCAUGAGAAAGCACAGCUUCAGUAUUCCUAAAGAGGAUGCAUGUUGUUAGGGACAACUAUGCUUGGAGUUUGGUGAGUGCAGUCAGAGGCAGGUAUCUGUGAAAUCCCUGUGAACCUGUACAUGUUCACACCGUCUGCUAGUGUCACUCGACUGGCACUGAAGAAGGGCAGAAGCCAUCUGUUAGGAAACCUGCCAGCGGUUGAUUUUAAGCAUAUCUACAUAUUUUGGUUUAGUACCUACAGAAAAGUACUUAAUUAUAAAAAACCCUAUGGGCUCUUUUAAUAUUAAACAAAAGUAAUACGUAAAAUAGGUUCAGAUAAUAUAGCAGUGAUAUAAUUUAAAGUAAUAUUGCUGAAGCAAAAAUUGAAAUGCUUUUUCAACAACUGAAGUUCUGAGUCCUUCAUAGAUCCCCUGUAACAAGAUUGGCUUAGAAAUGUAAAUUGCUCAGACAACAUAAAUUUUGAGGAGUGUCUCUUUCUCCUCCUACAUCCAGGCCCAGCCCUCCUGUACAGGACCUGUUUGCUGGUGUGUGUGAAGUGAAACUGUCCCUCACUCCACCAGACCUUGCUGCCUCUAGAUGUUCCUCUUAGAAGAAGAUACAGGCUUAGAAAUCUAGUCAGCUCUGGCUGCGUUUCCAAUGUUGCUUCAUUAACUAGACAGCAUCUCCUUAAGAUACCUUUUUACCUUUUAAGAAGGUAACUAAGAAAUGAACUAUAUUCAGUUUUUGUAUACUGGAAAAUUUUUGCCCUAAAAAGUGAGUGUUAUGUUGAUCUAGAACAUAAUAUUUAUGGAACUACUGAUGCUGCACUUAAAAUUAAGAAAAUUACUUUAAGAAUUACUACCUUUAUUAUGGAAAGGUUUUUGUUUUUGCCUCAAGUCAUUCUGAAAUGUUUUAAGCAUUAAAGGGUCUAAUAUAUUGUUUUUAUGGAAUCAAGCAUUUUAAUUCCUUGUGGGAGACACCUUGACCAUGAAUGUUUACAACAGCCAAGCACAAAUCCUUUUCUGCUAUAGUCAUACCCUGAAUUAUGUGUGGAAAAAAAUUUUUUUCUACCUGUAGGAUACAAACCACAUAGUUGAAUUGAGCAAAAACACUUUGAGUGUUUUUUGCAUUUAUUUAGGGGUCUGUUUUGUACCAAUCAACUUAACACUGCAUUUUGAAAAUUUAGUGAACAGCUUGCAGGUUUUACUUUGUUUUAAUGUCUCAAAAUUCAAAUCAGUGUGACAGUUUCUAAGGUGAAUUCAUUUUGUCUAUUCUUUAAUCUUAAUUAUUUCUUAGUUGUAUCAGUAAUUUUUUUUUGCUCUGUCACUGUGACCUCUCUGAAAUACAGCUAUGGCCUCUACCUAGAGGAGUUUUCACACAGAGCAGAUGAAGGGUGACCUUCCUCCCUCCCUUUUUGGGAAGGUGGGUCCCAGGCCUUGCUGCUUCUCUCUUCAGGGUGUUACAUUUCUUCCCUCCCCUUUAUACAACCUUAAUUAUUGCUCCUCAAGUCUCAUGUGGAUUUAAUUGAGUCAACAGAAAUGUAGAGUUACUUACCUGUUUUCAGUGAUGAGAAAGGAGAAAUUAUAGUGCCAACUGCCAAUGCCAUGGAGGGAAAGGAAUUCUCUGUAAUCUGUUUUUCUGAUUGAUGAAGAAAGGAAAAAGUCAGCGUGCAGCCAUCAGCAACCUUCUGCUAUCCAUCUGAAUAGGAAGAUGGUCACCCCAUGCUUGCCUUAAAACAGCAACUGAGAAAGAAAGUCCUGGAUGUGUAAAUGUUUUGAACCGUCAUUCCACCUACCUUCCUCACCCAGGAUAUUAUGCAAUGCAAAACACCUAACUGGGAAAGAAUUUCACUGUUUGCUGGGGGACUGCUAACACUUCCAGCUCUGUUUUGGGGGACUGCAGGUGCCAGGUAAUCUUCAUGGCUCUUUUGGGAAAAAUCAGAGGAUAAGCUAGCCUUGGCUAUUUUAUAUUCAGUUAUAUUCCUUUCUGCUCAGUUCUGUGAGUGCGGGAUGAUUGGUUUGUAAAUUGUGGAUAUUUCCUAUGACAGCAAAUAUUUAAACACAGCAGCAUAAUAAUGUACUUCAAAUGUGUGUAUGAAGUUCUAAAAAAGGGUGACUAAACAAUGCAUUUCUUGGUAAUGAAAUUUUAUCCAUUUUGUCAUGAACAGAAGAAAAUUUGAAAGCAUUUUCAGUAGUUUAUUGACGUGAACUGGAUAUAACAUAUUAUUAAUUUUAAAAUUCUUUUUUCUUCAGUGUUAAAAGAAUUUUUUAAAUAUCAGUAUGAAAGCAGACAUUUCUGAAACUCUGAUAAUGAAAUCUAAAAACUAUCCAUAGGUUUUUUUAAGGAGAAAAAAAUUACUGAUAACCAGGGAUAGAAAAAGGCCAGUACAGUCACAAUUGAAAUGGGCAUCAUUUUCUAUUCAUGGUGUAUAAUAAAAGAAUUAUACCUUUAAAUUAAGGCAUGAAAUUGGUCCGAACUUGUAUUUGGCAUUUACCAUGAAGACAGUACAUAAGAUAAAGUUAAAAAUGGCUCCUCAGCUGGCUCUGUGUGGGAGCAGACUGCUUUACAGACACAGGCACUGGUGAAGGGCCUUACAAAGUUUUCACUUGAGUACACAUCAUGGGGCUAAUGUAGAAAAACUCAUACAACUUUGUUUCCAUUUUUAUAAAGGAAAGAGGAAAGCAAAUGCUAAUUUGUCAACCAAUAUUCUUAUUCCUUUUUUGCUAGUGGCAGAGUUCAUGCUGUAAUUUCCAAUGAUGUAAGGUAGGGAUAAUUUUGUUUUAAACAGAUAACCCCACUUACUGAAUGAUUUGAGAGUAAAAUUAGCCACUGCGUGGCUUUGUGUGUAGUAACGGGUUUUCUCUUCUGUGCGGUUGAAAUACCUACCUGCAGUGGAAAGCAGAGCUUGGAAGAAGUGACAAUUGGAGAUGUUCCAGAAGUGAAUACUACUUUUACUGUAAGUUUAUAGUUUGUUUUGAAUAAGAGCAAGUAAGUUGAUCCAUUUCUAUUUAGUAUUUUAAUAAAAAAGGAAUUAAAAUUAUUUGAAAUGGGUCUCAGACAUGUCUACAAGGGUACUAUUUUUAUGCCCGUGUAUUUUCACAUUUAAUAAAAAUAUUUAUGGUCAUAUCAGUA